GAACCACUGAGCUAAAUCCCUGGCCUGCUCCUGAGUGGUUGGGAUGACAGAUGUGUGGUGGCCCAGGCUCAGUUUGGAUUCCUGAUCCCCACUGCAGCUGGGAGGAGCUGUGGGGGCCCAGCAGGCCUGCUGUACUGUUCUUCCCUACGUGAGUUGACACAGGCGCUCCCCCAGGAUGGGGGUGGGGGUGGAGGUAGGGGCAGUGAUUAAAAGCAAGUCCCAGGCCAGGCUCUGCUCACAGACAGCAGGGUCAGUGCCCAGGACCCUGAGCCCAGUCCUAGCCUGACAUAGACGGCAGACAGCGGGGCCAUGAUCUGUGGCCUGCUUACUGCUCUCCUGGGGCUACUGGGUGGGGCCUGGCUGCCCACAGUCUCAGGACGGCCUGGGCCCCAGGCUCCCCUGCCACAGCCCUGGGGUGCUACCAACCGGACCGGCGCCCUGGUGCCACUGACACCGCUGGCAGCCCCUGCCCUGGGCAGCUGGAGGACCUUCCUGGGCCUGCAGAGCGGCAGAUGGCAGAGGCCAGGUGAGCUGAAGCACGGGCAAGGAGUGGCUGCUGUGCUGUCUCUGCCUCUGGACCCGCAGGAAGUGGCCCAAGAGAGGUGCAGGGCUGUCCCCUUCAUUCAGGUGCUGUCCCGGCCCAGCUGCACAGCUACCCGUGUUCACAACCACCUGUGCUUUGGUCAGUGCUCCUCCCUCUACGUGCCCGGCUCAGCCACUGCCUCGAGCUCCCUCUGCAACAGCUGUGUGCCCACCCGGAAGCGUUGGGUGCCAGUGGUCCUGUGGUGUCGAGUGGGCAGCCCAGCAUCCCCUCGGCGGGUGAAGACAUCCACUGCGCUCGUGGAAGGCUGUCAGUGUAGCCCAAAGCUGUGACAGCAUUGCGUAUGGAUAGAUGGACACGGAUUUUGAAGAGAUGGAACAAGAUAGAGCCGGGCAGGCCUUAGAUAUAGCCCAGUAGGAGAGCACUUGUGCCCUGAGUUCAAUCUCCCGCAUUGUGAGGAGAAAAGAAAAGAAAAGAAGAGAAACAAUGAUAGAGCCCACAUGGUGGCAAUGCCUGUCAGCCCAGCACUCGGGAGGCUGAGGCAGGAGGAUUGCUGGAGUUCAAGGCCAGCCUGGGCUACAUAGUGAGUUCUAGGCCACCCUGAACAACAUAGCGAGAUCUUGCCUCAAAAACAAACAAACAAACAAAACCCCAAUAACAAGUAAAAAAAAACAACAAGAAAAGGAAAGACACUGACCUGGAUACUAUAUACUGGGUCAGAGAUUGGGGAUGUAGGGAUAGACAGACAGGUCCUAAAGUCCUCACCCUGCCCCCAGGGAUAUUAGACACAGCCCCGGUCGUGGGGUGGAGCCACAAGUAGACACAGUGCUGCUCACUGACCACUCACCAGGCACCUGGCCUCAGCAAUGCCUUGAGAAGGCUGAUUCCAAUCCUCACGGUGUAGCCUGAGCAGCCUCUGAGGUGGGGCUAAUGUCAUACCAUUUUAGGGGGCUCUGGUCUCAGAUGCUCCCCCAGGGUCACACAGCAGGGCCUCCCACAUGCCAGGUAAGCAAGCACUCUAUCACUGAGCUGCACCCCUAGCCCCAGACUUUUUGUGUGUGUGUGUGUGUGUUGGAGAUUGAGCCCAGGGCC